AUCGAUGUGUGCGUGUGUUGUUGAGGCGCGCUCUCUGUUUACAGCGCGGUGGUGUGGCCGGCGAGCGCACGCAUUCGACACUGUGUAUCGUGCGAAAUCGAGUUUUCCGGCGGCUCUCGAGCUGCUUUAUCGUUUAUGGUGUUUUCCUCACAGUUAACUGGUGCUAAUAUAUGUCACACGUAAAGAAAACAUUCGGGAUUUGUGUUAAAACUCAGUUCCGAGCGUACUUUUGGUGCAGCUCAUAAAAAUUAUUCGUGUUUUCGGCGGAUGCGAUGAAUAAAUUUUGCAAAUCGAGUCUGUGUGUCGAAAAGGUUCGUGAGAGCUAUGUUUUGAUCGGUCGGCGUGUUGUGGAAGUGCCGGGCGGUGCAGACGCGAUACGACUCGCGGCUCUCAUCCUGAUCUCAGUGAAACUCAGGCUGUGCUGCAAGUUGUUCUCACUGCGAGUCCUGGGCCCAGAGGACGUGCUCGCCAGGACCACGCACCAGGACUUGUUGGACCGCCAUACAGUGCCUGGCACGUGCUGAGAUUUCGAGAACAGUGAAGCGAACGUUACCCGUGAAGACUUCUUGUUAAGAAGACUUAAGUGCCAUUCGUAACAAGUUUACCACACGCAGUGAUAUUUAGUUAUAUGUUAGUGAUAGAGUGUAACCGUGAUAUAGUCAUACUUAAUUUAGGUGCUAACCGCUUUCGGUAAUUUUAGUGCAAAAACGUUACCAAAAAGAUACGAAACUGGCUCCGUACAAGGAUAUAAUGAACUCGACGAGCAUGAGCUCUGCGGUGCCUACGAUCAAGUGCGAGGAUACGUCGCCGUCGCCGGCGGCCGCCGUGGCCACGGACGGCGACACCGCGAGCACCUACAACCUGAGCGUCAACGUGAACCUGAGCGCCGCCAUGAUCAACAUGCUGACUGCGGAGACCGCGGGGCCCACCACGCUCAGAACACCCGAGAUCGUCAACGACGUCAUCACCAUGACCAACCCUCUGGACCAGUACAACUACGAGAAAAAUGCCAGUUUCAAGAACGCAAGUGGGAAUGACUCCAACUCAUCUAUGUCCAACGGUUCGUCGGCAACUUCACCGUCUUCUAGCACUCCACCCAGUAUACAGAAGACGUGUUCGGAACUAAUAAAGGCUGGUCUGAAGUUGUCGAUAGAGUCAAAGCGGAAGAUGUCGGGCAGCGACACCGACGCUGGGAUAAAGCGGAUGAAGAAGGAGGACAGCGACGAUGACUACGACAGCAGUCAUACGCAGCACAACAAGUCUGACGGGCUCACACCCGAAGACGAGGAACGCAGACGUCGUAGAAGAGAACGGAAUAAAAUCGCAGCAACAAAAUGUCGCAUGAAGAAACGCGAGAGGACAGUCAACCUGGUCACAGAGAGCGAAGUAUUAGAGAACCAGAACAUAGACCUCAAAGCACAAUUGAAGGAUUUGGAAGUUCAAAAGCGUCGGUUGAUGGACAUGUUGACAAUCCACUCAGCGUCGUGUGUCAAGUCAAACAACCCCAACACGAGGCAGUCGCCCACCACGCCGUACAUGAUUCGAACGUUCGAAUCACCGACCACAUUCCCCGUGUCGUUCGAGGCGCACUCGCCCUACAUCCGGCCGGAGUCAGCAAAUAUACUCACGUCCAGCUACACUUGUGUGACCCCACUCAACGGGGACUCGUCCAUCGACACCAUAUCCUCGCUGGACACUAUCUACGUAGCACCUCAACUCGCAGAUCCAGAAUACAAUCGACCCGACAGUGUUCUCAGUCUGCCUCCUGCUUCAGAGCAGAACUACGUGACUACGGAUGGCUACCUCCCUAAGUCCACAAACCUCCUCGUCCCGAUAGACUCGGAACAGGAGUACUACGACCCGGAGGUGAACUACAACCUGGGCAACCAGCAGUGCCACACGUACCCUAGCACGAUGCCCGAAGCGCAGAGUAAACUCAACAACGGCCUUAAUGAUGGAUGUCUUGUUUAGUUUGCAACAUCCAUGUUACAGUAAACAUUAUUGUCGGGUCCAAAUUUAUUUUUGACAUGUAUACGUAUAAUUUAAGCAUUGGAGUUAUUAAAAUUCGAAAUAGAGUGUCACCGUUUAUUAUAAUUCCAUAGGUACUAUACUACAGUCAAGGUAACUAGCUGUUGUUUGUUUUUUUCAAUUUCUUUCGUAACCUACUUUAAAUUUCGAUUCGGUGGCAAUUUUUGAAAUAUCAAGUAUAAAUUACAAAUUAACGUCAUUCUAAAGUUUAUUGGAUCAUUUCUUCUUUGAAAUCAUUAACUAUACAAUUUACCGUUGUGAUAAACAUUUUAAAAACUUUUUGUAUUUCAUGUAAAACAGCUUGCAAAAGUGCAGCAAAACGAAAAAAGGGCGGGGAAAUUUAUUUCGAAACGAAAUCAUAUGUCUACUGUGUAGAACAACAACGUAGAGAUAGUUUGGUGCCUGUAUAACGUAGCUAGUAUGUAUGUUUCAGAGAUGGAGUGACAUUAGAAGGAGGUGUUAAGCAUUAUUCAAAAUCAAUUCUGUAUGAAAUUCGUCCAUUCUCAAACACAAAGGCGUAGUUUUGUUAAACAACCAAGUAAAAAGGUGUUGUGAAUAUAGAAUCCCCAAAUUGAUAGUAAUGACUACGUUAACACGGAUUAGUAACUGUGAAACAGUUCUUUAGGUAGGUAUUUCACAUAAUAUUUUAUUUUAUCUAAGUGUCUAAUUCUAACAAUUACCAUUCGUUUUAAUUUUGUUUAAGUUCUAUGAUUUUGCUUUGAUCUGUUUAAAAUAUUUAUUUAAUUAAGAUCUGAUUCUGAAUGUGAAAGGUGCAAUUUAAUGAUAACCAUUGGUGUCUAGUCCACGUUUGUGACUCCAAGCUGCGAAUCCAAGCCCCAAAUACUAAUUAAAUACAUCACAUAAUCGUUUACUUCCAGUACAAUGAUAGAUAUAGUAAUACAAUACCUCCUGUUGAAAAUUCCAAAACUAUAUAUUUUUUGUUACAGAAAUAUAUUCACAGAUUAUAAUGAGAUAUAUACCCCAUAUAUACAUGUGUUACAAUUUGUGUAAGGUAAUAUUAGUUUUAAGGUGCUUUAACUCAGCGUAAGUCGUGAUAUACCUAAUAUUAUUGUUAAGUGCAACAAGCGUUACUUGUUACGGACGAUAAUCAAUUAAUUUUAAGAAUUUGACAUCUCUAUAAUUAAGUAUGUACAUGUAACGAAUUGUAAUAUGCACACAAAGAAACAUGACGAGCUCUGCCAUUUGUCAAAUUCACGUGUCUCGCGACUCAGAUCCUUAUUGUAAUUGCACAAAGACAAAAUUAUUAAAAAUAAUGUCAGCGUGUGACUUUGACAAAUGGACAAAAUGUAUUAUGUGUACGUUAAGUCGCUUCACAAGCGUUCACAAAAAAACUCCAUGGUAAAGUGCCUCUGUAUUAUAAUUUCAGACGAAAGCGAUUUUGUUAUUCUGUUGAUAUUUUUAUAUGAAGUUAAGUAAGUAACGAUAGAGGUAGACGUCUGGGCGAAGUAUUUUCGUGAAUAAAAAUGGAAAUUUGGUGGCCAAGGAAUUGAAGCACCAUUAUUACUUUGCGUGAGAGUCGUACUGCUACGUAAGAAUAAAAUAAUGAGUAAUUUCUGAGCUGACGCCGUCAAGCCCAGACAGAUAUGCAGACCUAAUUAAAGACAGUGCCUUCUGCAUACCAGUGAUCCUAGUCUAUGUGGCCGCCUUACUGGGCAGUCAGUCGCGCUAGCAUUUAUUUUUAUAUUGUUGGUAAUAUUGUGAUAGCAAGAAAAAAUCUAUUUAUUAACACAGAGCACAAUUCGUACUAAAUGUUCUAUGUCGUUUCUUGUCUAACAAGAAUUUCAAGUCUUCGUAAUCGUAGUUUCUAGAAGGCCCUCUAUAUGCGAAAUGUAAUGGACUUCCGUAGAUUUGUAGUUUUCUAUCAUUAUAUAUUUGAUCGAUGUUAAAAUUAUACAUUUCGAUUGUUUGAAAGUUCUUAGUAUUUUAUAUUUCGCUUUUGUAGUGUGAUUGUACCGUCAUAGUAAUCUUGGUUAUAAGAUUAACUUAAGAAGGUAUAGCUUAGUGUUUACGAAGGUCUUCUGUUGAUUACCACGUUGGAAUUGAUCAUCAAUUAAUUACCUACCGCAUUAAAAUUGUGUCUAUAAGUGCCUAAUUUUAUAAAGUAAAAAUUGGCGUGUCUUGUUGUUACAUCAUAACUAUCUACUUAAGUUUUCAUAAUUCGGCUAUUCAUAAAGCUCCUACCUCUUGUGCAAGCGAGACAGUAAUACACGGCAUCUCGUUUUCAAAACAACAACACUAUUGUGUCGAGAGGUGGUGAUCAACCUUAUUAAUAACAUAGACAGUCAGAGUAAUUAGUUCCGAAAUACAACACUAUUUGGUAUCUAGCGCCUGUUAACUGUAAUUAAGUUUUUGUUUGAUCAAUUCGUGACGUGACUUCUACUUAAUUGUUCAGUGUAUCUCUGCUGCCCCCACUUGUGAGCAGGUGUGAUAGUACAUUACUAUUGCAUAACAUUUGGUUGUAAGUUAUUUAACGACUAGUAUUACACUUUGUUUAACGAUUUUUUGUUGUUACAAAUAAGAUUUAACUUUAUAAUUUAUAUAUGAGAAUUCGAAUCAACUUUUAUUGUCUGUUGUUAUAUCUCUUGCUAUUUAAGUCCUCUAUGUACUAAUGCUUUGAUAUUCUACUUUAUAUUAAAUUUUCUAUAGAUUUACAAAUAAUUUAAACACUCAUAUUUGUUGAAGAAUAAUAAUAUUAAUUAAGUCACAAAGUGAUUAAAGUGUAAUCAUAUUUUACCGUAUACAACUAAGAACCGUUGUUUGUUAUUAUAUCAGAAAUAAUAAUUCGUAUUAGGUUUUGUAAGUGUUGUAAACAUCACUUGUACCUGCUUGAUAAAUAUAAAUAUUUUGACAGUCAAAGCAAAAUUAUUGCGCUUAUAUAUUGAAGAAUAAAUCAUUAUAUUGCAUA